AUGUCCUCCAACACAGACAACCAGAUGACGAGGUUUCUCUUCGCCAUCUUGAAACAGAAGAACUUGAAGGAUAUUGACUGGAAUGCCGUCGCCCACGACCCGAUACUGUCACAGCCCAUCACCAACGGCCAUGCAGCACGCAUGAGAUACUCCCGCUUCCGCUCGGCGAUGUUGGGCAUCGAGCCUCAAAAACGAAACCGCGCCGCCGUCAACAAGAACAGAGUCACCAAGUCCAAGAAGGAACCGAAACCGAAAAAGGAAGAAGACAGCGACAACGAUCGUGUCAAGCCAGAACCAGGGACCACGAACUCGUCGUCUCGCACGAGGUCUCCUGUCAGGGUCAAGCAGGAGCUCAACAACCAGCCUCCCUACCGACAACAGUUCACACCGGCUUCUAUGGCAUCACCACCUGCGCCCGAAUGCCAACCGACGUUUCAGCCGAGACUCCUGACGCCCUGCAGCGACGACAUGUUCUCGGCACCUCAAAACCUACAGUUCAGCCCGUCUACCAACAUGAUGGGAACUACGUUCGACAUUCCAUCUGUCCUGCCCUGCGCCCACGACCAAGAACCACACCACGAGCACGACCACAACAACUUCUGGGGAUCAAGCCCCAUUCACUCCGCCUUCGAUGCUGCGUACGACAUCGAGGGGUUUGGUCUGGGUGCCAUGUGUGAUCACCAGGGCGGGCAAGGGCACUCGAGCGAGCUGCACGGGUCGCCGUCGCUGGCGAACUUGUUGAACGAACCCAUGAACAUCAAGAACGAGCACUGGGACGCCCAGUUCCACCCAUAA